AUGACGGUUGAAGCCGCAUGUCUCGACUUUACCGCCGUCGUCAAUUACUGGCGAGGAGAGAUCGGUGGAAUGAGCGAGGACGUAGGGACCACAGCUGCCCUACCCUUGCAUAAUAACCGAACUCUGCCCGCAUUCAAGAUCGUGAGCCAUGAAGAAUAUGUUCCGAGAUUCACGGGGAACAUGAAGAGGACCCUUCUUUUGGUAUUUAUCCACGGUUUCAAGGGCGGAGACGAUACGUUUGGGAGCUUUCCUGCCCAUCUUCGCGCUUUAGUUAGUCAUGCGCUGCCGAAUAUAGAAGUCACUGCGGUGGUUUACCCCAAGUUUGAGACGAAGGGGGAUUUGAACGGAUGUGUGGUCAGAUUUCGAGAAUGGCUCCAAAAUACGGUUAUCGACGUGGAAGUCGCAAAUGGAACACCUUCUCCCACCGUUGACCCUUCUGUACAUGUCUUUUUAAUUGGCCAUUCGAUGGGUGGAAUUGUUGCCGUGGAGACCCUCCUUCUUCUGGCGUCGGAACAGCUCUUGCCCACCCCGUCAAGUAUUUCAUCGUCAAAGACGUCAGAGGUAGAGGGCAAUCCGGUAGAAGCUAACACAUUCAUGUUUCCUCACAUCCAAGGACUACUUGCAUUUGACACUCCAUUCCUCGGUAUCGCUCCCGGAGUUGUCUCAUACACGGCUGAAAAUCAUUAUAAAACGGCCACUGCUGCAUACGGGGCGAUUUCGGAGGUAGCUGGUGUAUUUGGCUGGGGAGGUACCAAAACAAGCGAAAAUAAGACUGGAAACACUCCUUCAACAGACGGAAAUACCAAAUCUGCUGCGUCCGCCCUUACCCCUGCUACGAGUACUUCAAACACAGCUUCCUCCACAGAUGAUGCAGCCGCCACCCCAUCUUGGCAGCGCUGGGGGCGGUACGCUAUGUAUGCGGGAGCUGCAGGUGCCGUUGCAGCCGGCGGAGCAGCGGCAUUAUACUCCCAGCGCGACAAAUUUCUAGAAGGCUGGAGCUGGGCUACCUCACAUUUAGAGUUUGUAGGCUGUCUUGCGCGGCCUGAAGAACUACGACGGCGCGUAUCAGCGACCGCAAAGCUGCAGCAGGAGCGAGUCGGUAUAUAUUACGCUCAAAGAUGA